AUGGGUGGAAGAGGAUUGAUCGGUCUCUAUCGCAGUAAUUUUAGUGAGAAAUGGUCUAAUGGUGAUCCUGUAACAUUCAGUAAUCUGGCAGGGGAUUGUGGGACAUCGAGCUGCUGUGCUGCUAUGAAGCCUGAUGGUUCAUGGGAAAGUCUUCACUGCACAACUCUAAAUUAUCAUCUAAUCCUUGAGAGUAAGACCUGGUAUGAAGCUCAGCGUUACUGCAGGGGGCGCUACACUGACCUGGUCAGCAUCAGAGAUCAGCAGCAAAAUGAAGAGGUGAAGAUUAAAGGGUUAAACAGCAGCACGUCCUUCUGGAUCGGCCUGCUGCGUGAUGACUGGCAGUGGACUGAUGGAGGAAACUCUGCUUACAGGAACUGGAUGGUUGGCUCCAUCCAUGUGAGUGCUGAGGCUCUGAGCUGGCAGGAAGCGCUGGGUUACUGUAAUGAAGGGAACAGGGCUGGAAUUCUCAACAUUGAUUCUAAAGCUGAACAGGAAGAGGUGGAGUCUGAGCUCAUGAGGAGGCGUGUCCCCCCGGGGUCUCUGUGGGUGGGGCUCGGACUGAACCGUCUUUCUGAGAGACAGACAGGACCUGGGCCGUCUGACUGUACUGCUGACACACACACUGCAGAAGCAGCACCUGAUUAUGGGAUGGACUCUGAUAAACUUCAAAUCGUGUGUAAAGUGAAAUAA